CAUAUCAAUAUCUCUUGAAAAGAGUGAUAAGAAAAGUGGGGAAUGUGUAAACAGAUAUUAACGUUUGAUGUGAUACUACAAUGAUUUGCGCUGCUGGUGUGGAUCGGACGGUUUAUCACAACAUGCAGCUCUAUAAGAUAUUAUUAUUAGUUGCAGGUGUACUAUUUGCAAGUAGUAAUGGGCUUUUUAAUACAGACAAAGCGAUAGAAUCUUUUUCGACUGCAAUUGAACAAUGGAUAAACACAAAAGAAGAGUCUCCGUCGUUUCUGUCCUACAUUAAUACAUUAGCUCUCCCAAUUAGCUUACGAGGUCAAGAUUGGCGUAGUUUCACCGGUGAAAGAAGCCAAUUUAUGUGUACAAUAUGCCAAUCUGUCAUAGACACUUACAUAAAGUAUCGUAAGCAAGGAAAACCAGAGGAUCAGAUUAAAUCUGAAGUGACCAAACUCUGUGUUCGAUUAAAUAUUGAAUCUGAACAAGUCUGUGCUGGCGCGAUAACUCUCAAUUUGCCAACGAUUUUAUAUAUCAUAGAUACAAAGCAGAACCUAACAGCAUCCACAAUCUGUGGAGUCGUAUUUGAAUCACAAUCUUGUCCAUUAAUUGAUGACGAAUACAAAUGGACAGUUAAGAUCGACAACAAUCCUGGAAAAUCGGUCUCUGAGAAGAAGAAUAACGAGACUAUAAAUAUCGUGCAAAUAACAGAUCUUCAUUACGAUCCUAAGUAUGAGCCUGACGGCAACUCGAAGUGUGGAAAACCGGCGUGUUGCCGUAAGGGACAGAACGAUACAAAUGUGAAUGAUGAAUUGGCCGGUUUCUGGGGAGAUUACAAUAGCUGCGAUACUCCAUGGCAUGCCGUUGUCGAUGCGCUGUAUCACAUAAAAGAUACACACAAGGAUAUCUCCUACGUUUAUUUUACCGGUGAUCUAAUAGAUCAUGGCGUUUGGGAAACGACUUUGGACGGAAAUAUAAAAAUUAUUAACGAAAGUUACGAUUUAUUUUACGAAGUAUUUGGAAAUACAUCCGUAUAUCCUAUUUUGGGUAACCACGAGCCGCAACCUUUAAAUCUAUACGCUCCUACAACUGUUACUAAUGACAAAUUAAGCACGCAAUGGCUGUACAAUAUGAUAGCUGAUAUAUGGAUCGGUUAUGGAUGGUUACCAGAAUCUACUCGUUCUACUAUUCUGCGGGGUGGAUACUACACAGUUUCACCUAAAAAAGGAUUCAGAAUUAUAGCUCUGAACAAUAAUGUAUGUUAUUGUUAUAAUUGGUGGAUAUGGUAUCAGCCAAAAGAUCCUGAUAACCAGUUACAGUGGUUAGCAGAAACGCUUUUGCAGGCUGAAAAGGAUGAAGAGCUUGUACAUAUAUUAGCGCAUGUUCCACCUGCCCAUGAGCAUUGUCAAAGUACAUGGAAAAGAGAAUAUCUUAAAAUCAUUAACAGAUUCGCUCACGUAAUUAGAGCGCAAUUUAAUGGUCAUACGCACAACGAUGAGGUGGAAUUGCUUUACGGUAAUGAAAACAAAGUCAAGAAUGUUGCUUGGAAUGGAGGCAGUGUAACUACUUACACCGAAUUAAAUCCCAAUUAUAAGCUAUACAUUGUCGACAAUCAAAAUUAUAAAGUAAAAGAUUAUGAAAACUGGAUAUAUAAUUUAACAUUGGCGAAUAAUGAUCCUAACGAUCGACCUCAAUGGUAUAAGUCAUAUUCAUUUAAAGAAGAGUAUAAUAUUUCCGAUUUGACUUAUGAUUCGUUGAAGGAUUGGUUCGACAGACUAUCGCAUGAUAACGAUCUGCUUAACCGUUAUUAUGGGCAUUUCUUCAAACUUGCUGAACCGUCAUUGAGGAAAGAGUGUGAUAUAGAGUGCAAGAAGACUGUCAUAAACCGUAUAACUGCAAGCCUGGGAGAUAAAACUAGUGAUUAGAUAUUAAUACUAGUGACCUAAAAAUGGUCACGUGAAUAGUCAGUUUUACUUUACGAGAAAAUUGUGAUAUAAUAUGACAUUUGUAUAUAAAAAUAUU